AUGCAGAAGCGCUGGGAGGAGCGGCGCACCUUCGAGCAGGAUGCCCCGGCCAACGCGGAGGACCUGCCCAAGGACCAGAAGUUCAUGGUCUCCUUCCCGUACCCGUACAUGAAUGGUCGCCUGCACCUGGGCCAUGCGUUCUCCUUCUCCAAGGCCGACUUCUCGGUGGCCUACCAGCGCAUGAUGGGCAAGGUUUGUGUCUUCCCCUUCGGCUUCCACUGCACCGGCAUGCCCAUCAAGGUGUCGGCCGAUCGCCUGAAGAACGAGAUCGCCACCUACGGCAACCCCCCGGUUUUCCCCGGGGCCGACGAGCCCGGCCAGGAGGCCGCCGCCGGCGACAAGAAGCAGCACUCCAAGGUUGCGGCCAAGACCGGUGGCGAGAAGUUCGUCUGGAACAUCCUCGCCAGCAUGGGCAUCCCCGAGGAGGAGCUCCCCCUCUUCCAGGACACCGAUCACUGGCUCAAGUACUUCCCGCCUCACUGCAUCAACGACCUCAAGAGCUUCGGUGCUCACAUCGACUGGCGCCGGUCCUUCAUCACCACCGACGUCAACCCCUACUAUGACUCGUUCGUUCGCUGGCAGUUCGCCAAGCUCCGUGAGGGCCAGCGCAUUCGCUUCGGCAAGCGCUACACCAUCUACUCGCCCCUCGAUGGCCAGGCGUGCAUGGACCACGACCGUUCCUCGGGCGAGGGCAUCGGCCCCCAGGAGUACACCCUGAUCAAGAUGAAGGCCGUGGCCCCGUUCGUCCCGGCCCUGGCCGAGGCCGCCACCGCCGGUGAUGUCUUCCUCGUGGCGGCCACCCUCCGCCCGGAGACCAUGUACGGUAUCACCAACAGCUGGGUCGGCCCCGAGGUCGAGUACGGCAUCUACCGCAUGGCCGACGGCUCGAUCUUCGUCUGCACCCCGCGCUCCAUGCGCA